AUGUCCCCAAACCUCACCCUCACGACCACCACCAGUCUCGUCUUCCUCUCCCUCUCCCUCUCCCUCCCCCUCUCCCUCCCCUGGCCCUUCCCCCCUCUCCUCCUCCUCUCCCCGACUCCAGCUUUCCUCCUCCGUGUCACCAUUGCAAUAUCUCUCCAUCUUCUCGCACUAUGGACCCUUUCCAUCGCAGCAGCCGCAGAUGGUGAUAGCAACCAGCCUCUGCAAGCCGAAACUACAGCGUACGAGCAACAGGCACAACAGAAAAACGGCCAAAGGGAGAAUUCUCGAAGUCCCAUACACGAUGUUCGACGACAAAUAGGAGCUCUCGCAGGGAUCUACACUCUCAUUUUGCCUUUAUGGAGUCCUCCUUCCUACCACCCUCUUGUGCAAGGAGGCAUAAAUUGUAUAUCCUUCUUUUGUGCGUGUAGGGUGUUGGAUGUAGCUUUUGUGCGAGCUGGAAGUCCGCCGAGGCUAUUGGUCGUCCAAAAGGGAAGGGACGAUGCGAACACUCUUCUGGAGCCCUACUCGAAAGGAAAUCACGUCGAAUACAUUUUCCGGCUUCUCACGGAAACUCGUUAUGCUUCCUUCGAUCAUAGUCUCAGGGUGGACGAGUCGAAGCGGCGACAGCUACAACUACAACAACAGACUUCUUCUUCUUCUUCUCACUACUACAUCUGGACCUGGCUUCCCCGGCUCACGAUCCCUCUCCUAACCUUCAUCCACCCCAUUCCCGAACUCCAAAUCCUCCUUACGCUCGUCCUCAUCCACAUCGGCCUGGAAACCAUGCACACCAUCUUCCAUCCCUUCUGCCCCAACCCCUUAUUCCACCUCCCAUUCGCCGCGCCAGGAAUCGCAGAUUUCUGGGCGAUCCACUGGCAUCAAGGCGCACAAUCCUGGCUCACCUCUCUCGCCUAUAAACCCGCCAAACAUUUCACGGUGAAACUUCUCGAAUCUCAGAAGGAUAAGAAGAAGAAGAAAGAAAUGGGAUCCGCAGUGGGUAUUCUAUGGACAUUCGCGCUCAGCGGCAUAUGGCAUGGAUGGAGCGCGGCUCCAAUGAGUCACCGUCCGUGGCAAAUGGGGAUAGGCAUGUUUCUGGUGUUUCUGGGUCAGGGCGUGGGAUGUCUUGUGGAGCGAAGCAUCUGGAAGACUAAAGACCAGGGAGGGUUGGUGAAGAGAAUCUUCUGCUGGGCAUUUGCGAUCGAGUGUGGAGCCAUGUUUGCGCGAUGGGCAAGUCCGAUGUUGAAGGAAGAGCUAGUGUGGAUGAUGGGUAGGUAG